UCUAACGAUGAAACUAACCCACAUCCCAAAAAGCAAAAACAUUUCCAAAAAGCAAAAAUAAACAAUAAAAAUUACCAUUUUCUUACCAAACCCCACAUGGUCUUUCUUCAAAGACAUUCAAAGAACAUUACUAGAAUCUCACUUCAAAUCACGUUUUCUCUCUAAUUUUGCUUCCAGAUCCAUCCUUGGAAUCUCCAAACCUUAAAAAAAAAUGUCAGAAAUAUAUAACAAUACCAUCCAAAACAAUAACCACAAACAACCUCAAAUCUCCGAAAUGUUUCAGAAAUUCGCCUUAGCUUUCAAAACCAAAACCUUCGAAUUUUUUGCCGACGAAAACCUCGACGAUUCCGACGGUUUCUCUCUCCUCGACUCCGCCGAAGAAAUCAUCACCGACCAAAAAGUCGUUGUGAUCAAGCCCGAUCCAAAUCCACUUUCUUCUCCUCCGAAGUCACCUUCACCUUCACCUUCACCGUCGCCAUCACCAUCGUCACCGUCACAACCGUCACCGUCAUCGUCACCGUCACCGUCACCUUUGAUAGCACCGAUACAAUUAGUGUUAAACGAAACGACGUCACACGAUCUAAUCUCUUCGAUCUUCGCUGCGGUUUCGGCUUUUGAAGCUUCUUACUUUCAAUUACAAAGCUCGCAUGUUCCUUUCGUUGAAGAGAAUGUGAAAACCGCUGAUAAAGUGCUUGUUUCACAUCUUCAGAGACUCUCUGAAUGCAAGAAAUUUUACUGUAACCCUAAUUUGUAUACCGAUUUUCCGUUUGGUUCUUCGUUGGAGGCUGAAGUGGAAGAGAAUCAAAGUAAGUUGAGAACACUUGGAACUGUUUCGAAUCGGUUGCAGUUGGAGCUUGAGCAGAAGCACGAUGAGGUUUUUUCGCUUCGGAGAAAGCUUAGUGAGAUUCAAAAGGGUAAUGUGAGUUUGUCUAAGAAGCUUUGUAGUAGUAAUGUUAAUAGUGGUUUGAGUUUGAGUUUGAAUUUGAAGCCUAGUUGUGAUGUUUUGUUAAGUGUUAGGGUUUUUGAUUCGUUGUUGCAUGAUGCUUCUAGAGCGGCGCAUAAGUUUACGAAGAUUUUGAUUGGUUUGAUGAGGAAAGCUGGGUGGGAUUUAGGUUUAGCUGCGAAAGCGGUUCAUCCUGGUGUUGUGUAUUCGAAAAAGGGGCACAAUCAAUAUGCGCUUUUGUCUUAUGUUUGUUUAGGGAUGUUUCAAGGUUUUGAUUCGGGUUGUUUUGGAUUGAGUUCGGAGAGAAAAGAGGAAGAAAAUGGAGACUUGUGUGAUUUAGAUUUGAAAGGGAGAGAUAGAUGUUUGAAGCAAUUAUUGGAGCAUGUUUCUAGCAAUCCAAUGGAAUUGCUUGGUAUUCAUCCGGGUUGCGAGUUUUCAAGGUUUUGUGAAAUGAAGUACGAGAAGCUUAUCCAUCCUUCGAUGGAGUCGUCGAUUUUUGUUGAUUUGGAUCAAAAUGAAGCGGUGUUGAAUUCAUGGAGGUCGUUGAGUAUGUUCUACGAGGCCUUUGUUGGGAUGGCGAGCUCCAUAUGGACUUUGCAUAAGCUCUCGCAUGCCUUUGAACCUUCCGUUGAGAUCUUUCAAGUGGAAAGUGGUGUGGAAUUCUCCAUGGUAUACAUGGAUGAUGUUACAAAGAGGUUAACCUGGCCGAAUAAGGGAAGGGCAAAAGUGGGGUUCACUGUUUUUCCUGGUUUUAGAAUCGGGAAAGUAGUUAUUCAAUCGCAGGUUUAUGUAAACAGUUUCAGUUUGACAGAGUAGUUUGCUCAGGGUUCCUCUUGUAGAAUAAAAAUUCGCAAACACUUUCUAUAUUCAGACAAGGCUUCUGUUUUGAACAAAUCACUAUUUUUCCACGAUAACCUAUUUAGUGCAAAGUGUAGUCAAAUAACGGCUAUAGUGGUGCUAUGAAGUAGCGGAACUUGAAUAAACAGCAACUUCUUACUAUCCACGAUUAACAACACUUGUUCUGGUUUUAGUUUUCCAGAUUUUUCGUCAACAAAGAAGCCUAAUUGUACUGAACUACUGACUGAAGAAGACAAUGUCAAUAUUGCCUCAUGUACCUGAAGUUUUUUUCUUCUUUGGAUGAUACUGAAGUUGGAGCAGUUUGAUUUGCAUUCUGUAUAAAACCGCCCAAGGAUUUCUAGUGUUUCUGCUGGUAAUUUUGUCAUGUGUUUUUUUUUUUCAGUCCCAGUUUUGUUUCUAUGAUUUUUUUAUAGGUCACUUGUACAGAGUUAAGCUAAAAUGUAAAGAUAAUUCCUUCUAUGCUGUGUACUCUGAUAAAAAAACUACAUCAGUAAACUGUGUAUGCUACACUUAUAUAAUAACAGAACAAUGAUUUCACCAACA